AUGCACGCCCUCCGCCAUCUCUCCAGGUCCGCACCUCGCUCACUAGCAUCUCGUCGAUGUAUGCAGACAACCGCGGCACGCAUGGCCGUCACAAACUUCCAAAUGCCCGCCAUGUCGCCAACCAUGACGGAGGGUGGCAUUGCAGACUGGAAAAAGAAAGAGGGCGACUCCUUCGCUGCGGGUGAUGUCCUGCUCGAAAUCGAGACAGACAAGGCCACCAUCGACGUCGAGGCGCAGGACGACGGCAUACUAGGAAAGAUCCUGGUUCCCAAUGGCGCAAAGGGCAUCCGCGUCGGCCACACCAUCGCGCUCCUUGCGGAAGAGGGCGACGACAUCUCCAACCUCGAGCCGCCCGCAGAAUCUACACCUCCCCCAAGACAGGACUCCACGCCCGCAGCCUCCUCGUCCACCCCGCCCUCCUCUGUGCCCGACAAGCAGCAACCACAGCAGUCCGCACCCCCCGCGCAGCCGUCCGCCCACCCGCAGAGCUCGCGUCCGCUUUUCCCCUCCGUCCUGCGCCUGCUCCAGGAAAACGCGAUCGUCGACGCCGGCAAAAUCACGGGCACCGGUGUGCGCGGCAUGCUCACCAAGGGCGACGUCCUCGCCUUCCUCGGCAAGGCGAGCGGUCCCUUCGGCACGUACAACCCCACGGCAUCCGCCAACGAGCCGAGCACGUCCGCCCCCAAGAAGCCGGAGCCCGCGCCUCUCGACGGGCCUGCGCUCCGCCGGCUCAUCGUCGGCAACAUGCUCGAGGCGUCGCUGAAGGCGCGCACCGCCGCGGCGACAGCGCCUCCCGCGGAUUUCGACUCGGUCAUCGCGGACUAUCUCCCUCCUGCGAAAACAAGCGCACCCUCGUCGUCCGUCCCCCAGUCUCUGCAGCAAGCCAAGUCGAACACUGGAUUCUUGGAUGGGUUGAUUUAG